AUUAAAGGCUUGAGGAAGCCGAGCAAACAUCUCUGGAGUCUAGAUCCAUCAACAUCUGUGAUCUAUCAUCCAAAAACGGUUGAACCUCCGUCAAGUCGCCGAUUCUCUUCGCGGUUUCAUCCUCCAUCAGACGCCAACACGCAUCACAUCAGCAGCGCCACUCAGCCAGCACCGUAGCACGCCUCAGCUCUUCAGUCGUCACCUACUCACAUCACGCCCGUCGCUCAGCCGCCUGCUCUCCGCCACUCAACCUUCAGCGGCUCAGCCAAUCGGCGCUUCCCUCAAUUUUCACUUCCACCCAUUCGUAGUCCCGUGGUUGCUACAAUUUAUUCUGAAGAAGCUCUUGCUUGAGUGGAAUUGUUUUUCUUUUUUUGUGCAGGCGUUUGAAGGCGGACAUGAAACUUGACUAAAGAUCCAUGUGAUGGUAGAUAUUUGAGGAUGAGUUGUGAUUGAUUGAGUCUGGGAAUAGUCUUCUACAAUGAAGAGGCUAAUUGAGCUCGGGAGAAAAGCUUUAUUCUACGUCAGGGUUCUGUCCGGCUACGAAGAGCGAAGAAUUCGGUCUUAUCGGUUACAGCUUCAGCAGCGUCUUCAGCAGACGGAAGAGAAGAAGGCUGCAAUAAGGAGAGUGCCAGAACAAAUAAUUUUAUCAGAGGUCCGUAAUAUGGUGGAAGAGAUGCAAGCUUUGAAUAAGAAGCUAGAGGAAACUGAAAGUCAAAUUAAUGAGUAUUUUAAGCCAAUUGAAAAAGAAGCUGAGAUUAUAAUGGAUAUGCAGCUGGAAAGGGAGGCAACUACAAUGACAGAUAUGAUGGCGGAAAUGCACAGGCAGGCUUUGCUCCAACAAAUUGAAGCGGAGAAGAAAAAAGCCACCCAAAAUCUGGAGAAGAGCAAACAUUUGCAAGAGAAUGAACCCUCCACUUCUCAACCAGAAAGAUGACUUUUUGUGGUUAAGAUUAAGUCAUGCUCAAUUAGAUUGUGUAAAAGUGAGCCUGCAAACUGGUGCUAGAUUUAGUGUGUUACUUUUUCCAUACUGGCAGAGUGACAUCAAGAAAGAUGGGUUCUUGAUAUCCCUUUAAUAAGCAGUUUUGUUGUUCUCAACACCUUUCUAUCUUCCCUGAAAGAUGAUAUUAGACAUUCAAGUAUAGUGUCCAAAAAAGGCAUGUCAUUUUUUUAUUGGAUUCCUCUACAGUGUCUGGCUGCUGCUCAUCAAGAAAGAUGGGUUCCAUUGCUUGUUAAAAGUGGCAUGUUCUACUUAUUACCAGAACACGUAAAGUUAUCAAAAUAAAUUCCUUUUGAUUUACCUAUUUGGUUAAA